AUGGAAGCAAUUGUAGCCAAAGGCCCUUUUAUCGGCCAAAGACACAUCCAGUCUUUAUUAUUAUUCACUUGUAUUGCCAUAAAUUAUAUGACCAAAUACAAUGGCAGUAUAUCAUUGGUGGCAAUGACAAAUGCAACAACAACAAAUCCUAAUUUUCCGCAAUAUAAUUGGAGCGAAGCGGAAAAAUCCUACAUAUUGUCCAGUUUCUUUUGGGGUUAUGUCAUCACCCAAUUGCCAGCUGGCUAUGUUUGUAAACGUUUCGGGGCAAAGGCGACAUUAUUUAUAACCACCCUUGGAUCUUCACUGGUUGGCUUAGCAUUACCAUUCACCCUAAAAUGGGGUGAUUGGAAAAUAUUUUGUACCGUACGUGUUCUGCAGGGAUUUUUCCAAGGUUUCGACAUGACAGCGAUUUAUGCACAUUUGGCCCAUUGGAGUCCGCCGGAGGAGAGAAAUCGCCUAGGGGUUUUGGCUAAUUCGGGCAUUGAUUGUGGUACGGUAAUGGCUAUGUUUGUUAGUGGACUCAUUGCAACAUCAAGUUUGGGAUGGCCUGGAAUUUCUUAUAUAUCAUGUGUCCUUGGAUUAAUAUGGUGCUUCUUUUGGGAGAUAUUUGGUGCCAAUACACCGGUAGUUUCCAAAUUUAUUACACUCGAAGAAAGGGAUUAUAUAGAGUGUUCCUUAAUGAAAAACGAUAUAAAUGAUAGUAGUCAAAAAAUGAAAUCAAUACCCACCCCAUGGAAGGCAAUUUUAAAAUCAUCGGUCUUUUGGUCUUUGUUGGUGACACGCAGUGCUGAACUUUGGGGUUUUGCCACCGUACAAUCAUCAAUACCCGCCUAUAUGAGCGGUGUCUUUGGUAUGGAUAUGCACAAUAAUGCACUCUACUCGGCCCUGCCUUUCAUAGCAAUGUGGAUGAUGUCCUAUGUAUACUUAAUAUUGGCUGAUAUUAUUUUAAAUUAUAAGCUAUUAGCUUUAAAUGGUUUGCGAAAAACAUAUAACUCCAUUGCCUUUUGGCUGCCGGCCCUUGGUCUUAUAGCAAUUGGUUUUGUACCUGCCACUCAACAGCUAUUGGCUGGAAUUUUAUUAAUUCUUAUUGUGGCCAUAAAUUCUGGCAAUAUGAUUGGUAGCGGUUUAAAUGUUCUCGAUUUGUCUCCAAAUCAUGCCGCGGUCCUGAUGAGUGUUAUAAAUACCUCGGGGAGUAUUAUGCCGAUUUUAUCACCUCUUGUAACGGGUGCUAUUGUGACAGAUGAGUCCAAUUAUCACCAAUGGCAAAUUGUGUUUGCUAUUUCGGGUGCCGCAUUCAUCUUGGGUAAUAUAAUUUAUCUAAUUUGGGGCUCAACGGAUCUACAACCAUGGAAUGAUCCACAUUUUCUUAAGAAGAGAAAUAUGUCAACAGAAUAUGAUAUUGACGAUAUUCCAACGGGAAGUAAAACUGUAAUUCGAUGA